UACUCACUCUCUCACUCCUCUAGUAACAUGGAGGGCAUAGCUAUUCAGUGUUGUCAGUCCAGGGGAACAGCUAAGUAAGUAGGGUUUUUUUCUGGAUUCACCACAUCUCAGCUUCAGCAAGUGUGAAACCGGAGUUACAGCCUCACUUAAGUUUACAACCACCUUGGAUAGAACAGCAGCCAAACUGUGCAUUAAAGUGUAUAAUUUCUAACAGGAAAGCGUUAGAGUGGUAUUAAAAUGUUGAAUUUACAUUUAGCUGUCCUCUCACAGGGUAUGCGUUUUUUGUAGAAUAAAGAACCACCACUGUAUUUUCUCAUAUAAUCAUGCAGAUUAUUAUACCAUGGCCACGGAAAGGACUUGUUUCUGAUUGGCUGGUCAACAAUUUAACCACUGUGCAAAAGUACAUUGAGCAGCAGAUAACAUUACUUUAAUUGAUAAUCAGGGUUUAGGUCUGUUCCAUUAUCAACCAAUUAUAAACAACAUUUAACCCUCCGAGAACCACAAGACUUUAAUACCAAAGGGAACAUGUACUCAGAAGUGCUCGCCAUGAAAUCACUGAAAAAUUUGGAGGGAUUUUUGACCAUUUUUAUUCAUUCUUGAGUGGUCCAAAUUUGUUCAAUUUAGCACUAUAGUCACCAUAUACUUCCAUCACAAUGUUAAGUCCUUCUACAGUGUAAACUUUAAAAAACAAAACACAAUGUUUAUUACAAACAGUCAUACAUUCCUAAAUUAAGCUUUAGAUUCUCUGUUUUCAGAUGAUGUAAACAAAUUCCGGGAAGCAUCUACUGUUGACCUGCCAUCUCCCCAUAAACACCCCUUCCACCUCCAGCCCUAAAAAACAGCUCUAUGUGUAGGGUUUAAGAUGGUUUAUGAUUUGAGAACAGCUUGUCUUAUUGCCUAUGGUAAGUGGCCAUGGUAUAAUCACAAUAAUACACCCUCAGAUGUCCUUCUAUGAGAAAUAACAAAUUUUGUAGAGGAAAAAACAAUCUACCCUAUUUGUUGGUUUCAUAUAGUGCAACACUUAAAUUGCUUGUAUCACAAACAUAAAUGUGUAAGAAUUUGUUCAUUUGAGGAUUUUCUUGCUACUACUUUCCAGCUCUGCUCCAAAAUGUUUCACCAGAGUUCACUGGAGAAACCUUUUGUGAUUCAAAUGCUUCUGAUAUACACAUUUAUGUUGAUACGUGUAAAUAAAUUAGCCUUGACCUAUAAGCUUUAUCUACUAAAUGAUUUGGCCUUUAUGCAGUUCUGAAGGCCUCUGUCAGUCAAAGUGACGUGACGAUAAGCCGAGCGCAGCAAAGGGCAGGUUCCAACCUGUGUGCCGUAUAAUAACGGGGCGUGUCAGAAACUGGAGAAGGCACGCGCCCCAUUGUGUGUGCACAUGUAUGCAAACUCAAACUCUGUAUAAUUAUUGGACAUUAUGUUGGAGACCUCCCCGGUGCCCUUUGUAUAGCUUGUUGGAGGCAGCUGCGUGCCAUACCUUCCAUGCUGAAUUAUUGAAAGUGAGGACUUUAUACUUUGCCUCGACAGGGAUUAUUAAACACUGCAGCACUGCUACAUAAUUUAUACACUAGUCAGUGCCCCAAAGUAAAGUUCACAUACAUUAAUAGUGGAAUUUUGAGAGGAAUGUCAAGUCUUGCAAAGCUGAGAUGCAAAGAGCAGCUAAAAUGAGUCAUAAGGAAGUUGCAUUGGUCAAUGCCAAAUCAUAGCAGCGCUGUUCCCCUGCACUCCCUCUGUCUUGCUUUAUAAACACAUCUUUUCUCCUUCAUCCCUUCUAAGAAAUAUCAGCUCUAGCUUUUCACAUGCUUUGGCACUCUAGCCUUUUUCCCAGCAUGCACUGCUCUAUUGCCUGUGUCUCACAGAGAAAGUAGCUGGUGGUGGCGCCCCCUUUCUGCGCAUGGUGGCCUCACAGGGUGGUAUAUGGACCCAGGAUAUGGCUCUGUUAGCUAACAUCGAGGCUGUAUUGAUGUGCUUGAUAACCUUCACAAAUCCAUUCUCUGGAUUGUCCGGAUGUCAGUGCUGCAUGAUUUCUGUAGAGCAUGGUUUAGAGUCACUGAAGGCAGGACAUCUUUAAUGUAUCCCAACUGUUUCUACAUGCUGUGGCACUCUAAAGGCCGCAGCGUCUACCAUGUGAGCCGCCAGGACUGCGAGCGGACACCUGUCCCUCAGAGGGAGUGAGGAGUGGAGUGGGGCUGCUCCAUUGGAAACAAGCCUCUUGUCACACCAACUGUUGUCGUGUUCACUAUUUUUGAUUUCACAGGAAGCUCCCAGGGGCCGCUGCUUGGAAUGUCACCGCUCAACUUCUCUAUCUUUUCACACUGUCUUCGACUCUCACAUGCUUUCUUUAGCCUCUCUGUCAAUGUUUGUCUUUUUUAACAUACAUAACACACAAACACAGUUACACACACAUCUUUCUCUCUCUUUCUCCGCUCCUAAUCUACAGUAGAAGAGGUUGUGUUGGUCAGCUACUUGGGUUCCUCCUCUCCUCUUGUGAGACAGCUGCUGUUCCUCAGUGACUGAAAUUUGUUUAUUGAGUGUUCCACAUCAGGGUCCAUUAUUCUGAUUGAGCUCCCAGAAUAAUUAUGAGUUAUUAACAGUACACCUGCUCUGAAUUUACCCCUGGGACUAGAGGUGCAAAGCUAAUACAUCACUGUUCUCUCCCCCCACGCACCUGCCCGCCCACCUACAGACUGUGGUGUAUUUGGUCUGAGUUGAUUUAGUUAAUUGUUCACGCUUGACAACUCUGGUGGUCAAGGAUGAAUUUAAGUUUAAGAGAUGUAGACUGGACUCACAUUACUUGGACUCGAGUCAGAAAUUAUUUGGAAACAACUUGCAAAUACACUUUGAUUUCAACACCAGUGACUCGUGACUUCACUUGAACUUAAGCCUUAUGACUUGACAAUAGUUGACACCUUCCCCCAAACCCAAAUAUUAAUGAGAAUGUAUCUCGAUCGCAAACUCUGGCUGGCCUCGCUAAAGUUUGUCUGCAGUGGGAACACGAUCUGACCGCAAUCCGAGCCGACUACCAGCUGUGCUCCACAAGUUUGCGCUAAACGACUCCUGUAGUCAGGUGUGCUUUGCAAACUGGGAUGCAACUGUAGCAGCUUGUGUAGUGGUAGUUUCAGCUAGCCAGAGAAAUGCAUAUCAAUGUUUCUCUCACAAAAAUAUGCACAAUUCCAGAACAAACAAUAUUCUUCCUGUAUUUACUUUGUAGUUCCUGACCUAGACACGUCUCACCAAUAAUUAGAGUGAAUGUUCUCACAUGGUUUAUAGUGAUGCUGUUUGGUGUGCUUGGACUUUUCUCUGUGUGAAAAGAAACCAUACCAAAGGGAAAACACUCAAACUUUAAAAAUUCGUCAUCUGAUUCGUAACUAUAUGUGUGGAAACACUGUAGGACUCAGUUCUGACUUGGGUCUUGAGUGAAAAGACUUACGUCUUACUUGUGACUUGUAAAAUAAUGAUUCUGUCCCACCUCUGGUAUUGAGUUGCAUCAUGAGUGUGGUUUUCUUCCAGGCUUGGAUGGAGAUGAUGCCCUAGUUGUAGGUGUUGCAGCACAGGGCAGUGCACUUACACACUGUGAGAGCUUUCAGCCACCAUUCAGAAAUGUCAGGCUCAGACCCGGGUUGACUUCACCCCUCAAGCAGGUCAUUUCAAAUUCCCUUUCCCCUGAAACUCACGUCUUUCAUUGUACCUGUCAAAGUGACUGUAACCCCAGAGCUACCCUAUUACACAAAGAGUCAUAAAAGUACUGAUCCAUUUUUAAUGCAUUUGACUCGCCCCCUUCACCCCCCUCUCUUUCACUCACUCUGCGCUGUCCGUCUGUCACACUGUACACAUCUCUCUCGUUUUUAAUCAGUAUUUCCCCACUGGUGAAGUGCUCCAGUGCACCAGGUUCUAGCGACUCACCUGUACAAAAGAUGAGAGGUUGCUCAGGGACAGGCAUCACUCAAGUGGACACACAUGAAUGCAUAGACAAAGAGAGUGGGGGCAGAUUUCCUCUUUGCAGCUUGGGAUUUUCAUCUUCAGUGGCAGGACUCAGCGUAGACCCAUAAAUUCAUUUCUUUGUUGUGGUGUUCAGAGGAGACCUCGCAGACAGUGUCAUAUGACAUUAUCUGAGAAAAGUCUCUGUGUCUUUUGUUUGAUAAUUAAUAUUUUAAAGCUUUAGCACAAACUAUGUGGCUCUCAUCCAGUUCUUUUAUCAUCCACUUUCCUCUAUUCUUCUCUCCUGUUAUCGGGGUGUCUGCAGCUGCAGUGUUGGACGGGGUCACAGAUUUAAUCAAUAACAAAGCACUGCAGCUGGUAUAGUGGUAAUAGAGAGGGCCAAGUCUAAGCUGCCAUCAGCUCCUAAGCCAAGCGCAUGGCCACACAAAUUGCUGCUGGAGCAGCAUAAAUAAUAAGAGUGAAGCCAGCAGAAAGUGGAGGGGGUGGCACAAGACAUAUUUUUAGCAUUCAAAUGUCCAUGUUUGACGAUUGCAGUAUAGUGUUGAAUAAUGUCUCAUCUCAAUCACAGUUGAUUCAACAGCUGCAUGUUUUCUCUUAUUAUGACAUGAUGAGGAUGCUAGAUGCCUUUUCAUCAGCGCAGCUGUGAUAUCACUGAGCCCAUCAGUGUCAUGUGGUGCAUUUCAUCAUCUAAAUGUGUUUAUAUUAGAUUCGUUUGGAAGUAAAAGAAAACUAACACAUGUUGAGAAUUUAUUAAAGCUUUGAUCGUUUCUUAAGAGUUUCCUACAUUUCGGAUAGUUGGUAGAAACUAAGGCUAUAUGAAAAUGUAAAGGCAUAAAAUUUGUCGGUUUGGGAUUUAACAAUGAUAUAUGAGAAUCCUAAAGAGCUUUGUAAGCAAGCCAAGUUUUUAAGUGUGCCACUUCUUUAUGGUGUGCUUAGAAAGUGUUUCUUAGGCACUCAUGUUAAAUGAGCGGAAAGAGAUGCAGCCCCUUUGCAUGCAUGCCUCUGGCUGUGCUUGACUUGGGUCUCAUUCGUUGGACUCUUUAGCUUGGGCUAGUUUAAAUUUGGCCAGGGCAGCGAUCGGGCUGCUCUGUCGCCUGGUGCAUUGGAGAGAUUAGCCCCGACCAAACCUUUAACCCCGUCUGUGUGUGUAUAUGACAGCAGUACAUUUGAACGACCCGCCGCCAGCGCCAUCCAGCCAGCAGCUCUGUCAGAAGUGUGUUUCUGCCUCAGAUCACAGGCUAGUUGGCCUGUUCAGGCCAUCAUCUGGAUACAGCUCGUGGACUUGGCCAUAGCGUAGCUGACACAUGCAGACAUGUAUGAACACAUGAGCAGGCACAGGGCAGAGAUUUAAAAAGAAAUCAUGCUUACAUACACAGACAGCUAUGAAGUUGACACUGAUCAACAGAAACACGGACGGACGAGGCGUUAGCUGUUCAUUAACUUGAGUGCUGCAGCAAUUACAUUUACAGUCAUUUGUAGAUCAGUGCUUUGGGAAAAAUCUAAGAUGGGUGUUAAAUACAGCCUCCAAUGAAGUUGAGAUCAUUUUAGUGAUUGCAGCCGCAAGUUUUAUAGGCAUAAUGUCCUCUGGGUAGAUGAAUAAAAACUGAUGAGACACUGAGUCCGGGGAAUCAAGUAACCUAAUAAGUCUCUCUGGUAGGUAAAGUGUUUUUCACUAUUUAUCUGAAUCACUGGUAGAACGAUUCAUGCCAUUUUGAGAUAAUUAGCAUCAGUCAAUGUCAGGACGGUUAUUUAUUUAAUAUUGUUUUAUUUCUUCACUGAGCCAAUGGCUUGUUGUCAGAGUACCCACUAGUGCAAAACUACAGUGGAAAGCCGAGACUUGCACCAGUGACAGAAUGGUGGAGGAUGAAGGAGGAGAUAGGACAUGGUUUAACAGCCCAGCCACAAGCUCCACUGAAAGGCUUAAAAGCUGAGGUGGAACCCACAGCACAGCUCGAUAUACACACUGCCAUCCCUCGCUCUGCUUGAGAGAGUGCGGUGUUACAUCAUACAUUUGUCGGAGAGAUGUACAGUAUGAUAGCACAUUGUGUAUGUAAGGUAGAGCUGGCAAGUGAAAGCUAUACUGUCAGCUCAGCAGUGAAGUCUGUGGCUGUAGAGUGGGAUCCUAAAAGAGAGAAUCGUGUUCUCUCCUGACUGGGACACGCUGCAUCAGACUAAAAGCUCUGUGUUUGUGUGUUUAUUGGUUAGUAUGCUCAUACACACUCUGAUAUCCCUUCUUUUAUCAGCCGAAAACGCUAUUCUGUUCCACUCUUGGAUGGCUGGCUAUUAUCUUUGGACACAUUUUCCUUGAAUGUCAUUUUGGCUAUUCUGCGGGGGUGUUUUUGUCCUUGACUCAGGACACUGAAAAAGAACAAAUUAUUAUGCCUAAUGUGCUCUGUGCCUCCGUUCUGAUCAUUAUAAUGAGGCCCAGUGUGUUUAUGUCUCUCAUGUGCGCAGUUGUGUAGCUGUCUGUGUGGGCGUGAGUAAGUGCUUGCCCAAUGAAUUACACACUCGUGUGGCUGUGUGUGUUUUCUUUUUCGUGGAAUGGGGUUAGGACUCUGGCUCACCUCGGGCUCAGAGGUCUUUCGUGUGUCAUUGUUUGGGGCCGAUACCAACCUCUUCUACUCUUACUUUACCUUUCUGUUUGCCCUUCAUUUUUCUCUAAACUUAUACACAUGCAAACACCUGAAUGCUUAUGCCACCAAGAAUGAACAUUUUGCAUUUUGUUAUCUCUGUGUGUCUCUCAACCAGUAGCACUUCUCCAAAAAUAACUUAUUUUUCUCUCUCAUCUCCCCCCUCUCUCUCCCACUCCCUUCUCCCCUUAUACUGUAAAUGUAGAUACCAUCAAUAAUAAAUGUUACAGUAGAAACCACUAUUUUCUAUAUUUGUAUCACUGACAUGUAAGAGUCAAGAUAGACACGAUUUGGGACAGUGGUAUAUUUUAAAUGCUUAUAUAUCAGCUGAUUUACAGUCUUUAUCAUGAGGAGGGAGUCGAGUCAUGGGGGAAGAAAUUUAAUGAAUUUUGUCAUGUUAUGUUAUUAAGGAGGAUGCCACCAAAUUUAAGUUUUCAAGUAUGUUUUCACAAUUAAUGUCACAAUGAAGUCUCUGUCCCUUAUUGUCAAGCUAUAACAAUAAACAACAACAUGGAGUUGCCAUGUUUUUUAUUCUAUAUCAACAAACAUGUCAAAAUGACAUAGAAAGAACACACACAUAAGAUAAAAUAGUAAUUAUAUUAAUGAAAGGAUGGAUGGAUGGUCGAAUUAUCCUUGAGCAGGAUACUGAACCCCAAAUUGCUCCCGAUGCUGCGUUCAUCGGUGUGUGAAUGAACUCCCAAUGGUGGCAGGUGGCACCAGUGUGCCCUGGUAGCCUCAGCCACCAGUGUGAAUGAAUGUAGUGUGUAGUGUAAUGGCAAUAUAAGUGCCAUUUACCAUUUACCAUUUUACCAAGAAUUACUAGAAUGGCACUCAGAGAGCGCAGGUUUCCUUUAAGGCCAAUGGUGCAUUCACAUGCUCCCCAGAUGGUCCCAUUUCCCAAGUUGGGAAGUUGUUCUUUAUUUUUAUUUGUUUGGUUUGUAUUUUAUUGCUCAGAGCGUUUUAAACAACACAUUGACAGCUGCUUCCUGAAUUGUGUGACAACAAAGAGCUGAGAAAUGGAUCAGAUGAGCCAUGAAAUAUAAUUGGGAACUAAUUUUCCUGAUUAUUUUUGACAGCUCAUGAAUGCAACACAGCAGCAGUGUUGACAGAAGUGAAAAGUAAUUUGUAUAUUCGCCCCAAAAUUUGGUGAUUUGGAGCGGCUCCAAAUUGUAAUGGGUUCUCCCUUGUCCCUUGCCACACACUUCCACUUAGUUUCAUGAAAAUCCUUAGUUUAUGUGUAUUUCUACUGGAAAAUAGACAAAAAAAACAAACCAUACUCAAAACAUAACUACCUUGGCGAAGGUAAUAAUUAUAAUAAUGAGGUCUAUUUCCCUUUUAACCGACAGUAUGGGACUAGCUUUUAUUUGCAAUGCCUAAUCUGCAUACAGCUCCAGUGAAUAUACGGACAGUAGUUAUAAAUAAAAGUUUUAACAGCCUUGUUAGUGAAGCUGCAUCAUAUUCUUUGCUUACUGACUGCAGAGACAUAAUUGAAUUCUUAAUUUGACUGGUGUCCUCCAAUUAUCUUGUUUUGAGCAAGAUGCUUUUUGUGUGUGUGUGUGCGACACUUUGGAUGCAUAUGAAUGUCUUUGUCGUUCAAGGCCCUGCUAAAGACAGCAGAGGCCACGCUGUUUCUCUAACAGUUGUUUCUCCUCCUUCCUCCUCCUCUGAAUUGGACCUCUUACAGACGGAGAAGAUCGCCCAAGAGAGGGAGAAGUUUGCAGAUGAGGACAGCAUAUUUUACACAUUGGGAGAAUGUGGCCUUAUCUCCUUUUCUGACUACAUCUUCCUCACCACAGUGCUGUCCACUCCCCAGAGGAACUUUGAGAUUGCUUUCAAGAUGUUUGAUCUGAACGGUGACGGAGAGGUGGAUCUGGAGGAGUUUGAACAGGUCCAGAGCAUCAUCCGUUCCCAGACCAGUAUGGGCAUGCGACAUCGCGACCGAUCUACCACAGGGAACACCCUGAAGACGGCUGGCUGCAGCUCUGCUCUCACCACAUACUUCUUUGGAGAGGAUCUGAAGGGAAAGCUCACCAUCGGCAGCUUUCUGGAGUUUCAGAGAAAACUGCAGCAUGAUGUGCUCAAACUAGAGUUUGAGAGGAACGAUCCUGUGAGUGGCCGAAUCACCGAGAGACAGUUUGGGGGUAUGCUGCUGGCCUACAGUGGCGUCCAGUCUCGUAAACUCAAGCAGAUGCAGAAGGGCUUGAAGAAGAUGUUUAAGGAUGCACAGGGCAUCACUUUUGAGGAAGUGGAGAAUUUCUUCACUUUCCUAAAGAACGUGAACGAUGUGGACACGGCCCUGAGUUUCUACCACAUGGCAGGAGCCUCCAUAGAUAAAGUUACCAUGAAGCAGGUGGCCCGCACCGUGGCCAAAGUGGAACUGUCAGACCAUGUGUGUGAUGUGGUGUUCGCCCUGUUUGACUGUGAUGGGAACGGAGAGCUCAGUAAUAGGGAGUUCAUCGCCAUUAUGAAGCAGCGGCUCAUGCGUGGGCUGGAGAAACCAAAGGACAUGGGCUUCACUCGGCUGGUGCGUGCCAUGUGGAAGUGUGCCCAGGAUACCGCCUGGGACUUUGCCACACCAAAGACAUAAUAGAGACAGGAAACAGCGUGUGAGCGGGAGAGAAAGACAGCCUGCAAAUAAAGCCAACAACACCAUGUGCUUCAAAGACAUUUACCUUAAACAGGUCUCGACAACUUAAACAAUUAAUGCAAUGAGCUCAUUAGGACUGCAGCUCCGAGGGGCAUCAUCAAUCAUUAACGCAUGUCGCUGUAGUUCAAACUAUCAAUAGAGAGACUGAAGCAUGCUGAUGCAGCGAGUCCUGAAAGGCUUCUCUACCAAGGCAUCAUGGGUGUUUGUAUAUUUUCAAAUUUACAAGGUUUAUAAGUUUAUUUUUGCCAUAUUCUUCAGAGAAAUGCAGUGUCUGUGUGACUCUUUGUCAAACGCUAAAAACUGCACUUUUAUAUCUUCAUUUAACACAUUUUACUGCAAAAUGCAAGACAAGAAGUGGAAUCAAUCUUAUUCGACCUUUAGCUGUAUAAAUGCCGCAGUAUGUUCUAUACUGACAGCAGACCGUUUGUUAUUUCUUCGGUGGGACAGAGAGAAGAAGUGUGUGAUCCCGUUAGCAUCUCUGCAUUCACUCUGCUAGCUCCAGCUGCAUCUUUAACUCAGUUUGUCCCAUAAAAGAUCAACGAUGCUUGUCUUGCUCGACGAUGUACUGUUCAAAGUGUGUGUUCUUCUAAUUACUAUGGCCCACUGAAACACUUUAUAUAUAAGAUGGAUGUUAAAAGAAAUUCUCUAUUAAAGAUGUUUUUAACAA